GCCGUGAUGUUGCUGGGGUGUCAGGGAGGGCAAAUAUCACCUUUUCUUAUCUUUUCUACUUUACGUGCAUGUCUUGCUGUACGUGCAACCGUGCCUGAUGUCGAUAUGGAGACCUUGCAGCUCAGCCCUGCGCGGCUCAACGCUAUGAUACUGGAGGAGCAUCGCAGCUGCAUGCCCCGUGUCCUUAUGGGGAUCUGACAGAAGAACAAUUUGGGCUUUGGGUUAUUUGCUGGGGGUGGGGGACAUGAAAGGACCUUUCCAAGCUCAAAAUGGGGUCCCUGUUUUUGAGAGGCAUUUGAAAGGUGUAGGAUGGUACUUCGCUGCGUCUGAAGGGCCCCUGUGAUCUAAAGGAAGAGGGCUCUCCCAUGGACGUGGUCCUGUUCAUCAUGGCCAUAGUAGUUGGACGUGGGGAAGCCUGACGAGCGGACUAGGCCGGCCUAGUUGGACACAAUACUUCGGUGUGUGUGAUCAACGCGUUUCCUAGGGACUUGUCCCGAGAGGGGGUGUAAAGCCAGAGAGUCUGUGGUUAAAGGUCAGGUGCUCAUAGAGCACUUAGAAUCAAUAGAUAACCUUGUUGGGUUGGGGAUUUCUGGGGCCCUGAAGAUACAAGAAAGGCGCUGUGGUGUGGAACUGAGGGACGUGUAGAGAACAGGGGUCCUCAAGGGGCCAAGGUUGGCGGACCAGGAGCGUGGGGCCCGAGGCCGAGGGUCCGUGCCUGACGGCGGUCGGUGCCUCUUGCGGUCUUUCCGUGUCUCCGCAGAGCGCAGGAGGAGGCUGAGCGUAGGCCGGAGCGGAGCGCAGUGCGCCAUGGCCGAGCGGCCGGCGGCGGGCCCUGCGGCGGGAGACUGGGAGAUCGACGUGGAGAGCCUGGAGCUGGAGGAGGACGGCCGCGGGCCGCCGCCGCCCACGCCGCCCGGGCCCAGCCCGCCGUCGGCCGACGGGGACGGCGAGGACGACGAAGACGACGAGGACGACGACGACGCGGAGGACGAGGGCGACGGCCUGGACGCGAGCGCGUCCCCGGGGGGGCCGGGCGGGCCGGAGCAGCCGCGGGCACCACCGCCGGGGCCAAGCCCCGCGCCGCAGGCCUCGCCCGCGCCGGCCGGGCCCCCGGAGCGCGGCGCGAACGCGGGCGGCGGCGCGGAGCCGCGCAAGCUCAGCCGCACGCCCAAGUGCGCGCGCUGCCGCAACCACGGCGUGGUGUCCUGCCUCAAGGGCCACAAGCGCUUCUGCCGCUGGCGCGACUGCCAGUGCGCCAACUGCCUGCUGGUGGUGGAGCGCCAGCGCGUCAUGGCCGCCCAGGUGGCGCUCCGGAGGCAGCAGGCCACUGAGGACAAGAAGGGGCUUUCCGGGAAGCAGAAUAAUUUCGAGCGCAAAGCCGUGUAUCAGAGGCAAGUCAGGGCGCCCAGUUUGCUGGCCAAAAGCAUUUUAGAAGGCUACCGCCCCAUUCCAGCUGAGACUUAUGUGGGAGGGGGCUUACCCCUCCCUCCCCCGGUUAGUGACCGGAUGCGGAAAAGGCGGGCCUUUGCCGAUAAAGAGUUGGAGAACAUUAUGCUGGAGAGAGAAUAUAAAGAGAGGGAGAUGCUGGAAGCAUCCCAAGCUACUGCCUUGUUUCUGCCCAGCCGCCUGGGGCACGGACCCGAGUACAGCUCCUACCGAAGCGCCUAUAGCCCCACCCCUGUGGAGACGGCGAACAAAGACUUCUGCAAUUUCCUGCCCACCUGCCUUGAUCUCACCAUGCAGUAUUCAGGGUCUGGGAAUAUGGAACUCAUCUCUUCCAACGUCAGUGUGGCCACAACUUACAGGCAGUAUCCCUUGUCCUCGAGAUUUUUAGUUUGGCCCAAGUGUGGCCCCAUCAGCGACACUCUUCUCUAUCAGCAGUGCUUGCUAAACACCACCACCUCUGUUCAAGCCCUGAAGCCCGGCACCGGCUGGGACUUGAAGGGAGUGCGGGUCCAGGACGGAUUUGUGGCAGAACACGACUUGUCGCCCCCCAAGCUAGAAGGCUCGCUGCUGCUGCCUCACCCUGCGGAGGUCCAGACCUCGAGAAGUGACCUUCAGGGUCACCAGGCCGUCCCCGAGAGGUCUGCAUUCUCCCCACCCAGACGGAAUUUCUCUCCCAUUGUUGACACGGACUCCCUGGCAGCUCAAGGGGACGUCUUAACCAAGAUCAGCAAAGAAAGCGCCAGGCACCCUCCACCACUUAAACAUAAUCCAUUCCACUCAUUAUUCCAGCAAACUCUUAAUGACAAAUCAGGUCCUGAGUUGCAAACACCAUUUGUCAAAGAGGCCUUUGAAGAGGUCCCUAAGAAGCACAGGGAAUGUCUAGUCAAGGAGAAGCAGAAGUACACAUUUACAAUAGACAGAUACGCCAAAGACCUUUUCGCAGCCAAACAAGUCGGAACAAAACUGUCUGUGAAUGAGCCACUGUCAUUUUCUGUUGAGUCUAUUCUUAAGAGGCCUUCAUCUGCCAUCACUCACGUCUCUCAGUGAAAGGCUGCUUACAGGGAAAGCUGGAUUUUCUGCCGUCUCAGAGGGUUCUUACCAGUUGCUAUUUUUUUUUAAGAAAAAAAGCUAAGAUGUUUGUCUAAAGAAAUUUCUAAUGUAAAUGGUGAUGAUUUAAAAAAUGAUAUCUAUUCAUAUGCAUGUACUUUUUUUCCCAUAAAUAUAUUUAAACCUAAAGAUGGAAAUUGCUUAUGUGCAAACUGUAAAGUUCCGUGCUUUACACCGCAUUUCAAAAAGCAAUAAAGUUGACACUGUCUUCUCAAAGACCCAG